AUGUCGAAUAGAUUGGAGUCAUUGAAUUCCAAAAAGCCAUCUUCUAGUCCUAAACCUUCUUUAAGGUUUAAGCCUAAGGUUGUUGCUAGAAAAAGUAAAGAAGAAAGAGCGAAAGAAGCACCAAGUCAAAUCAAGCAAGAAAAUGGAGACCAUAAACCACCAGGAAGAGAUCACACAUCAGGUAGAGGAGGACACAGUAAACGUGGUGGCCGCGGUAAUUAUAGUGGAACACACUUGGUUUCUGCGGGACCUUUGGCGUCGGGAUCAGUAUCUAUAGGUAAUGCUAAUGGGUCUAAGCUAGGUUUGACUAGGGAUAGGGCGUAUAAUUCAGUGUCACCUACUCCGGAGUUUUUACAAAGUUUGAAAUUAAAGGAUCUGAAAUUGAAAUCUAAGUCGCCCACACCAUCCAGAGACGAUGAGUCGGACGAGGAGGACCCCACUAAGAUUGAUAUGAACAAAGAAUACAGAUUUGCGGAUGAAGAAACAAUAUUAUUUCCAGUUAGACCAGAAAGAGAUGAAUACUUAGCAGAUGAUUUAAUCCAUCCUGUGCAAUCAAAAGAAACGUCUACUGAACCUGAAUCUAAUGAAGGUUUUGAGGCCGAACCAUCGCCUGUCAAAGAUGAACCAAUUGAGACUAAAUUAGAACAAAUAAAGGAGCAUAAGGCACAACUUGAAACAAAAAUUACUGAAACAGUUGAUGUUUUAAACCAAGAAGAGAGCACUAAGAUUAUAAGCGAUCAUCAGGCAAUUUUGAAUUUGGUGACUGAAAAAUUCAAUGGGUUAAAUACUGAACCUAAUGACGAAACAACGAAAAACAAUAGUUAUACUUUAUUCCACUUACCAAACGUUUUACCUGAAUAUAAUAACCAAGACACUACCGCCGAUCAACUAAACACGAAAGACGAUUGCAAAACAACUAUCUUUGCAUCCGAAGUUCCAUCCUUACGUGGGCAGAUCGGGCAUUUAAAUAUUCAUAAGUCUGGUAAAAUUUCUAUUAAUUUGGGUAAUAACAACAAUCUCGCAGUUUCUCAAGGCUCUGCUGCUCACUUCUUACAAGAAGUUAUAAUGCUUGAAAUGAAUGAUACCGAUAAUAAAGAAGAUGUUGAAAUGAUGAAUCAAGAUGGAGAAAAGAUUAAAGGGAAAUUAUAUCGUUUCGGUCAAGCAGAAAGCAAAAUUAUUGGAACACCUGCAAUCCAUUGA